CAAGGGAACAUCAAUAUAGGUAGUUUAACAGGUACCUAAUUAACAAAAAACUACAAGCGUAUCUAAUUUCAUCCACAAGAAAAAAAGCAAUAACUCCAAGCACAAUGUAUGAUAACUUCAAGAUGAAUGACAAACUCCUAAUACUCGACAGAAGUGGCAGGACUGGGGCAAAAAAACGUGGAAAAUUGGAAAGAUCCCUAGGAAGUUAUUUGGACAUAUCCCCUAUAGAUGAUGAAAGGAAAGUACUGAUAACUGAUUCAAAAGAAGUGGCGGAUGGACAACAACACAUACAAGUACCAUCGAGCCAACAUAGAAGGAGACAGUCAUGGCUACAGACAUGUCAUUCCACACAAUCAAAGGACAACUACAGAAGCAAAGAGAAAACAAUAGAAGAUCCUAAUGGAAAGAUGGACACUGUACUACAAGAGUUAGUAUUUAACCCUAAUGGUGCUGCAUCAUACUACUGGAUGGCAACAGUGACAGCUGCAGUCAUGUAUAAUUACUGGGUUGUUAUACUAAGGAUUGCCUUCUUGGAGAUGAGGCAAACAUCCCUGAACCAACAGUGUUUCUUCUACUUGGAUAUCAUCUCUGACAUCAUCUACCUACUGGACAUUGGAGUACAGCUUAGGACGGCUUAUUUAGAGAAUGGGAUCCUUGUGUUUGACACUGUGAAAAUGAGUAACCACUAUAGACAGAAGAGAAGGUUCAUAAAGGAUGUCAUUGCUGUUGCUCCCCUUGGGACACUCUUCAAUAUAUUUGCAGUUGUUGUAUAUGUGACCAUUGGCAGUACUCAGGUUGGAGAAACGGAUAUAUUUGGGCCAAUAAUGAGGCUUCCAAGACUGCUAAAAUAUCAUACUAUGAUGAAAUUCUUCGAUGUAACGGACAGUCGCACCAGCAGUCCAUACAGAGUAAGGGCCUUCAAGUUGACACUCUACUUGUGGGUGGUUAUUCACUGGAUAGCUUGCUUCUAUCAUGUCGUAUCUGAGUAUGAGGGAUUUGGCUCAAAUAAUUGGGUGUAUCCUGCUGAUGAAGAAGACCAGGUCUUUGCAAGGAAGUAUAUCCGGUGUAUGUACUGGUCAAUGAUGACAUUAACAACAAUAGGGGAGACAAAUACACCAGAAACAGAUAUGGAGUAUGUAUUCACUGGGUUCACCUUUCUCGUUGGUGUAUUUGUGUUUGCUGCAGUUGUCGGGAAUGUAGGUGAUGUCAUCAGUAACAUGAAUGCCGCAAGACAGGAAUUCCAAGGAAGGAUGGACUCUGUUAAGUUCUACAUGAACCAUAGAAAAGUACCUCAACACCUUCAAGAUAGAGUGAAACAAUGGGCGGAUUAUUCAUGGACCCGAACCCAGGCUCUUAACCAAUCAAAUCAGCUGGAUUUGCUUCCAGAGAGACUGCAGGCAGAGAUCGCUAUUCAUAUUCACCUUGAUAUUCUCAAAAAGGUGAAGAUAUUUGAAGAAUGUGAGGAAGGAUUACUGAGGGAGUUGGUGCUGAAACUGAAGUCUCAAAUCUACUCACCAGGGGAUUAUAUAUGCAGAACAGGCGAAAUAGGUAGAGAGAUGUAUAUUAUAAAUCAUGGCAGAGUAGAGAUCCUUGUGACCAAUGGAGAAACGGGAGACAGCAUGGUAGUCGCAACAUUGAGUGAAGGCAACUACUUUGGUGAGAUAAGCUUGCUCAAGCUGGACUAUGGUCAAAACAAACGAACCGCAGACGUCCAGUCUGUGGGUUACUCAGAGCUCCUCUGUCUUUCUAGGAAGGACCUUAUCACAGCUUUAGUGGAAUAUCCAGAGGCAAAGAAAGUAUUGGAACAACAGGCUAGAGAAAGAAUAAAGAAGAAUCGUGAGGCACGUCGAACAUGUUCUAGUGAUAGCCUCCCAACUACCAACUCUCCAAAUCACUCAAUUUCCUCCGAUGAGAAGCCUAUAUAUGGCAAUACAAUUUACCCGACAAUACCCCCAAAAUCGGAAAAAUUAAAGGAAGUGAUACAAUCUGAUGAAUUCAGGAAAUUAAUGCUUAACAAAGGAAAAGAAGUGUCAGAAUUGAA